GAUAGCCUACGUCACCGUUACCUAGGGAGACGGUUGUAACAAUUGCCCUGCUGGGAGCUCGCAGCUGGGGCUGGCGGCCGCAGGGCUGCGGGGAGCAGGCGGUGUCGGGGCAGCAGGUCCGGGACAUGCAGGAGUGGAACAGGAGACGCAGGAGGGGGGGAAAAUGAACGAGGUAAAAGAAUGUCUGAGAAACAUAGAGCAGACUUACAAGAUCUUCCAGCAACAGCAGUUUACAUUUAUUGCAGCACUGGAACACACCCGAGAGGAUGCACAUGACAAGAUCAGGCCUGUAGCAAGUAUUGGACAGGUGCAGGCAUACAUGGAUCAUCACUGUAACAACACUACCGACAGACGCAUCCUCCUCAUGUUCUUGAACAUCUGUAGUGAACUGAACAAACUCUGCCAAAAGCUAGAAGCCCUGCACCCUGGUACCAGUGUAACGAACAAUAUUUUGGAGAAAUGCAAGCUGCUAGUUAGCCCCAGCAACGACCUGAGCACCAUCCGAGCCAAGUACCCUCAUGAUGUGGUGAAUCACCUGAGCUGUGAUGAAGCAAAGAACCACUACGGAGGUGUGGUGAGCCUCAUACCCAUAGUGCUGGACUGCAUGAAAGCAUGGGUGGCCCACAGUGAGAAGUUGCCUCGGAACUUCCUGCAUAAUGUGAGUGAUGGAAAUGCUGACUCUCAGAAGAGAACACAGCAGGAUGUGUCAGCAAAGGCAUCUAUUCCCCUAGGCCCACGUCCUGCUACCCUCACUACUGCUACUCAGACCUUGGUUAGUUACAAAGACUAUUCACGAGAGCAGAACAGUAAACAUGGUAAAAAAGAGCACCUGAAUGGCACAGGGAGAAACACUUGGAAAUAUCUGAAUGGUCCCUGGAAACCACCUGGGAAACACUCCUUUUAGAAGGACCAAAGCUCA